ACGGGUCACGUGCUUCAGUGACCACGUGAUAUAGUCCCGGCGAGUGAGGUGGCGUCAUCGCGUCCUGUUCGCAGACCUAGACUGAGCUGUCUGAAGCUCUUGGCAGGCGACACGCGCUGUGUGGCCACAACACGUGCGGUGCAGAGGCCUUUCUCCGUAGCGUUCUUUCUGCUGUAGGGGAGAUAGGAUGCGUACAGCUGGCGUCGUGCUGGCUAGGAAUUUUAAAUGCUGAAAUCUUUUAACUGAGCCGAUAGGCUAUUUGGAAUCCUGUUUCUCAGCCAAGAAUGGAACUCCACGGCAGCCAUCCAUUUGUAGUCAUUCUCGGGCCUGUCUGAGGAUUAGGAAGAGCAUCUUUAAUAAUCCUGAACAUUCCUUGAUGGGCUUAGAACAGUUUUCUCAUGUUUGGAUUUUGUUUGUUUUUCACAAAAAUGGUCAUUUGAGCUAUAAGGCAAAAGUGCAGCCCCCUAGACUGAAUGGUGCAAAGACUGGAGUGUUUUCUACAAGGAGCCCUCAUCGCCCCAAUGCAAUAGGACUGACCUUGGCCAAGCUGGAAAAGGUAGAAGGUGGAGCUGUGUACCUGUCUGGAAUCGACAUGAUACAUGGCACACCAGUGCUAGACAUAAAGCCUUACAUAGCUGAUUAUGACUCACCAAAAAAUUUGAUGGAACCUUUAGGGGGCUUUAAUCCUCAGAACAACCAACCUAAACCCGAAACUGUGUCCCAGUCCGAUGGUAGGACUAAUAGUUGUGACCAGCAACAGCUUUCAGAAUACGACGCACCACAGCUGUACCGAAGCAUUAAGGAGAAAUCUGAAGACAGAAUCUGUUCUGAAGACAGAGCUUUAGAAGAAAACUACCCGAAACACAAUGAUGCAGCGAAAACCCAGCAACCUUUGCCUAAGUGCAGAGAGAGAACAACAGAUCUUGGUGUGGAAUCAAGAGGCCACCAGAGUUUGAAUGUGGCAGGAGAGCAGAUGGGUCCACAUGGCCUUGAGACAGCCCCUCAAGAAGAGGAUACAGAUGAGAGGCCAGGGAGUGGCGCAGGAGCCCCAGGUGUGCAAGGAAACAACGUGGUGAUGCAGCCCACGCCUCAUCCCUGCCAGGCCAGGAGCAGGACGACCGGCAGCACUGUACCUGCCUGGGUGAGAGAGGCGCCCACGGCCCCUCUGCAAGUCCGGUUUACUCCUCAUGCAGAGAUGGACCUCUGGCAGCUCAGCUCAGGAGAUGCUGGCCACGCAUCCUUCAGGUAUUUUCGGUCAACAGAGGAAGCCAAGUGUGCCAUCGAGGCCGUGCUGUCUGCCGACCCCCGCUCAGUGUACCGGCGGAAGCUCUGCCAGGACCGCCUCUUCUACUUCACUGUGGACACAGUGCACAUCACCUGCUGGUUUGGCGAUGGCUUCGCCGAAGUUCUCAAGAUCAAGCCGGCCUCUGAGCCUGCGCCUGCAACUGAGCCUGUGGGUCCUCAGAGUCGUGAGGGUCUGCAGGUGCCCCCGUCGUGUCUUUGAAACAGCCUCAUUGGCCUCUGGAUUUUUUCUUCUAGCUAGUUUUGUGUCAUUUUUGUAGAAAGAAGCACCAUUGUAUAAUUUCACUGCAUUGAUUGGGGAUGUUCAAAAUGCUUAUUUAGAAAUGUAUUUUAGGGCAACUUACUCAGGACCUCUUCUGUCUCAGACAGAAGCUUUCUUUCUCUCAAUAAAUAUUUCUGCUCUUAAAAAUAUAUUUUAAUGAAUUUAACUAGGAAAUAAAAGAUGCAGAGUAAUCACCAUAUCCUUUUUGACCUGGUAACGAAGAAUUCAAAGGUGAUGCUGAUCUUGAUGAUUUCUGGAACAGCUGAUUCUUUGUAGUUGAUAAAAUUAGGCAGAGGUCAUUCAUUUGUUUGAGACAGGGUCUUGCUAUGUAGUUCACACUGGCUUUGGACUUACUCUGUAGCCUAGGCUGGCCUUGAACUCCCGGCCAUCCUUCUGCCUCAGACUCUGGAGUACUGGGACUGUAAGUAGGCACCAACACGCCUGGCUGGGCAGAGAGCAUACUAGCAGAGGCUUUGAAUCUAGAGGUGACUUUUUCAGUGAUUUACAUUGGGUUUGGGGUUGUAGCUUCAUGGCAGAGUGCUUGCGUGACAUGUGUGAGGAUCUGGAUUUGGUCCCCAGCAUAAAAAUAGAAUAGAACAGAACAGAACUCAAACAACUUAACAUUGGUUUUCCGUUGGGAGCCUAACCAUUUUUAUUCUGAAUCUAGCUGAGUUAUGAUACCUUAGGAAAUUAACAGUAAACACAUGGUAAUAAUGAUCUUUAGAAAUUAAAACUCUGUUUUGGAGACUUUGUUACACACAUGUAUAUAUGUAUUUAACUUUGAUUCCAAAAUAAGCACUCCUGAGCUUUCUUUCGAUGUCCUUGUGUCAGAAAUGAUCCUCCCCCCCAAAAAGCUUAAGAAAGUCAUUACUAGUUUUAUUUCUUGUUUUGUGACUGAGAACCCACUAGGGAUUAGAUUUUGGUGAUUAAAAUGAGAUGAGCAGGAUAUGGUUCUUCUUGCAAGUCGUGGUUGUGGAGGUUAUACGUAAGCAAAUUAUUACAUUACAGUUUGAUAAAGAUGGUAAUUAAGCCUGUACACAGUUCUUGUACCAUGUGAGAAGCAGGUGUAAGACCAUGUUGCCUUAGGGUGACCCCAGAUAACUGACCUGUAACCAGAUUAGAUACUAUUAACAUGAAGCACACUUAACUAAUCACUAUCAUAAACUUGAAAGCUGAUUAAUCAUGGCUUUGAAGUGUUGCCUGUGUACUGUGUAGAAUCAUUUGCGGCUAAUGACUCCUGAGCCAAACUGCUUUGCAGCUCCUGUCUUGAUAUUACUUGAAAUGUCUUGGCAAAUUUUUUCUGUUCAUUUUUCAAGGGUUUUUUUUUUUUGUUUUUAUUUGUUUGUUUGUUUUUAAAGACAGGAUUUUGCUAUGCAGCCCAGGCUGGCCCUGAACUCAAGAGCUCCUGCCUCAGCCUCCCAAGUGCUGGGAUCAUAGGUGUGCACCCCCAAGAAUGGCUCUUGGGGAAGUAUCUUAAAUUUGCUUUUUGAAAAGCUUCUUCAUUUGUAAUAAUUACAGAUAUUCCUUGUUUAAUGACCUGCCUGUUUAACAGCUAUAUGGGCUUAAUGACAGGUGCAUCGUUUGGACUCACGACCCAUUGCUCAGAUUUACCACCCAUUUGUUUAUGUUUUUUACAGAACUUCAGUGUCUUUUUGUAUACAGUACACUUUGUUAAUAUAGUACUGUAAUUUUUGCUGAUUGUGUUGUACAAUGCUGUAGCUUUAUGUUAUCAUAUAGUAGGGCAUGUCAGAGUUAUGCAAAUAAAAACAAAGUCAUCAAAUUGAAA